CUAAAAUGAGCUCCGCGUGGCAAGCCCUGUUUCUUGUUGUGGCCGCAUUCACAGCUGCCGAUGCAGACCCUAGUCUGUCUAUAGUUCCUCGCGCGGAUUGGCAUGCUCGGCCACCAAGUGGUCCAAUGACAGCCAUGGCGCUGCCAUUGGGACGUGCUGUGAUUGCGCAUACGGCAGGACGCAGCUGCACGGAUGAUCAGAGCUGUGCCGACCAGGUGGCCAGCAUCCAGACGUACCAGAUGAUUCGCCUGAAAUACUCUGAUAUCAGCUAUCACUAUCUGGUGGGUGGCAAUGGUCGCGUCUACGAGGCACGCAGUCCCAGUCAGCAGGGUGCAAUUGCCGCUGGCAAUAAUGCCAAUAGCCUGGCAAUCGCCUUCAUUGGCAACUUUGAUUUGGAGUCGCCCACAGAUGCCGCUCUGGCCGCUGCCCAGUCGCUGCUGGAGCAUGCUGUCAGCCAGGGUGAGCUGGCCCAGAACUAUGAUCUGUUGGGCCACAGGCAGUUGAGCGCCACCAAAAGUCCAGGCGAUGCGUUGUAUACUGUUAUAAAGAGCUGGCCGCACUGGAGCAACGUGGGAGAUGUGGCAUAGCAAUAGAUUUCAGAGACAAAUGUAUAGAUUUCGACACGUAAAGACCAUUCCUUACACAUUUAUUGUAAAUAUAAUUAUGUAUAAUUUGUUGCUUGCUUAAAUAGAAUACUAAACUUUUAA